AGGCGUAAUUCAAGGGCGUAGGGAGCCUGAGACAGGCAUUGGGGCGGGGCGAGCUCGGAAUGCGCCUGCGCACUGGGCACUUGCGCCGGAGGAGCCGCAGUCUGGAGAGCGCCAGGGCGGUGUUUCGGUUGUCUCUGGCUAGCCUUUGUGCGCACCCGGUGUCGUUGGGCUGCACCGCGGGCGGGUUCGUCCGCCGGGCACGGGAGGGGGCCACGAUGCCGAUCAAUAAAUCAGAGAAGCCAGAAAGCUGCGAUAAUGUGAAGGUUGUUGUUAGGUGCCGGCCCCUCAAUGAGAGAGAGAAAUCAAUGUGCUAUAAACAAGCUGUCAGUGUGGAUGAGAUGAGGGGAACUAUCACUGUACAUAAAACUGACUCUUCCAAUGAACCUCCGAAGACAUUUACUUUUGAUACCGUUUUUGGACCAGAGAGUAAACAACUUGAUGUUUAUAACUUAACUGCAAGACCUAUUAUUGAUUCUGUACUUGAAGGCUACAAUGGGACUAUUUUUGCAUAUGGACAAACUGGAACAGGCAAAACUUUUACCAUGGAAGGUGUUCGAGCUGUUCCUGAACUUAGAGGAAUAAUUCCCAAUUCAUUUGCUCACAUAUUUGGUCAUAUUGCAAAAGCAGAGGGUGAUACAAGAUUUUUGGUUCGAGUGUCUUAUUUGGAAAUAUAUAAUGAAGAAGUUCGUGACCUUUUGGGAAAGGAUCAGACACAAAGGUUAGAGGUUAAAGAAAGACCUGAUGUGGGAGUUUAUAUCAAAGAUUUAUCAGCUUAUGUGGUAAAUAAUGCUGAUGAUAUGGAUAGAAUUAUGACACUAGGCCAUAAAAAUCGUUCUGUUGGUGCAACUAAUAUGAACGAACAUAGUUCCCGUUCUCAUGCCAUCUUUACAAUAACUAUAGAAUGCAGUGAAAAAGGCAUUGACGGUAACAUGCAUGUCAGGAUGGGGAAGCUCCAUCUUGUAGAUCUUGCUGGUUCAGAAAGGCAAGCAAAAACUGGAGCUACUGGACAGCGCCUAAAGGAAGCUACAAAAAUCAAUCUUUCACUUUCCACCCUUGGUAAUGUAAUUUCUGCCUUGGUUGAUGGAAAAAGCACUCAUGUGCCUUAUCGUAACUCGAAAUUGACUCGUCUUCUUCAGGAUUCCUUAGGAGGAAAUUCAAAAACUAUGAUGUGUGCAAAUAUUGGGCCAGCAGAUUACAAUUAUGAUGAAACUAUCAGUACAUUACGGUAUGCCAAUCGUGCUAAGAAUAUUAAAAAUAAAGCUAGAAUUAAUGAAGAUCCAAAGGAUGCUUUGCUGCGUCAGUUCCAGAAAGAAAUAGAAGAACUGAAAAAGAAGCUUGAAGAAGGAGAAGAAAUAUCAGGCUCUGAUAUAAGUGGAUCAGAGGAAGAUGAUGAUGAAGAGGGUGAGGUUGGAGAAGAUGGAGAGAAAAGGAAAAAAAGAAAGGGCAGUAGCAGCAGCAGUAGUUCAGACUCCACAUGUUCUGUCAUAGAGAAACCUCUGGAUAAGUUCUUGCCUAAUCAAGCAGGUAAAAAGAAAGUCUCCCCAGAUAAGAUGAUUGAAAUGCAAGCAAAAAUUGAUGAGGAGAGAAAAGCACUUGAAACAAAGCUUGACAUGGAAGAAGAAGAAAGAAACAAGGCUAGAGCUGAAUUAGAGAAACGGGAAAAAGAUCUUCUUAAAGCCCAACAAGAACAUCAGUCUUUGCUGGAAAAAUUGUCUGCCCUGGAAAAGAAGGUAAUUGUUGGUGGGGUUGAUUUGUUGGCCAAAGCUGAGGAACAAGAGAAACUUCUUGAAGAAUCUAACAUGGAACUGGAAGAAAGGAGGAAAAGAGCAGAGCAACUUCGCAGAGAACUUGAGGAAAAAGAGCAAGAACGUUUGGAUAUUGAAGAAAAAUAUACCAGUUUGCAAGAGGAAGCACAGGGGAAGACCAAGAAAUUAAAGAAAGUGUGGACUAUGCUGAUGGCUGCAAAGUCGGAGAUGGCUGAUCUCCAACAAGAACAUCAGAGGGAAAUUGAGGGCCUACUGGAGAAUAUUCGGCAACUUAGCCGGGAGCUUCGACUUCAGAUGCUUAUUAUUGAUAACUUUAUACCUCGGGAUUAUCAGGAAAUGAUUGAAAACUACGUCCAUUGGAAUGAAGACAUAGGAGAAUGGCAACUAAAAUGUGUUGCCUACACGGGAAAUAACAUGAGGAAGCAAACCCCAGUACCUGAUAAAAAGGAAAAAGAUCCCUUUGAAGUAGACCUUUCUCACGUGUAUCUCGCCUAUACUGAGGAGAGUCUCCGUCAGUCUUUGAUGAAACUAGAAAGACCACGAACUUCAAAGGGGAAAGCAAGGCCAAAGACAGGGAGAAGAAAGCGUUCUGCAAAGCCUGAAACUGUAAUUGACUCUUUGCUGCAGUAAAUGUUACAGACUUAAAGUCACAAUAAAAAUUAAUGAUACUCUCAUGCCUGGACAAAAUCUUUAAUUAAAACACUGAAGACUUCUCUUAUAAUUUUAAAUAAUGGAAGCUGUAGAUCAGUGAAUAAGACCGGAAAUAGUAAUUUGCCUAAUAACUUUUAGUCUACAUAUAUUAAUGUAACAUAUUAAAAUUGUACAACUGGUGAUUGUUCAAUUUGUCAUACUACUACUCUUCAAUUGUACUAUGAGGGAAGUUGGGGGAGCAGUUCAUACUAUAGAGAGCUACAGUUUAGAUGUGUGUAUAAAUUGGUUAACUGAACUACUGUAUAUUUAGAUAACUAGAAUUUCAAAAUAGAAACUGUGUCUUUUUUUGCACAUAGAAGCAGAUCAGAUUGUCCUGUGUUGCACUGUUGUAUAUGAAUGUUUGAACUGCAUAUCUAAGAAAUGACUCCUUUACUUACUAACCCACCCGGCCUGUUUAAGCACAUUCUAAUUUUCUGACAUUCGUUGCAUUUUAAGUAUGAGAUGACUGAUCUUAUUAAUAUUCGGUAGAAAAUUUUAUAAUUCAACAAUCCUUACAAGUAUACAUACCUUUUAAAAAGUUGAAAAUGUUUCAUCUGGAUCUUUCCUAAUUUUCUUGCCAGUUUGAGUUCAAAUCAAAUACACCUUAUGUUCUGGUUUCAUAUUCUCUUGAAACAUUGAAUUGUACCUAAAUAUAAAGGAUCUACUGUUGCAGAAAAUUAGGAAGCUAAAUACCGGUCAGUUAUCUUUGCCUGCAUGUUUACUUUUAAAAAUUCACUUUGAAGUGUAACUUAUGGAUGCUUCUCUUUGAAUUCUAAAUUUUGGUGGGAAUUACUUUAUAUCUCCCAGUUGUGAAGGGUCUCUAUUUUCCAGAAAAUGCAGCUAAGCAAGAAAAAUAUCUUUUAAAUACUUAGCCUUUAAAACACUUAUUUUGUUUUUAUAUUUUAAAAAUGAAAUAUUCUUUUCUGAAUUUCUUCUACUGAGUAAUCCAGUUAGACCAUAUUCCUCUACAAAUAAAAAUUAUGUUCAUUUCAUAGUAAAGUUAAGUUGUAAUAGAUAGAAUUAUUUUUUCUGUUGUUUGCUGCUUAUGAAAUUUUUAUUUAUUUUUUUAAGUUAGGCUACUCCUGGCUGGGCAUGGUGGAUCACUUGAGGUCAGGAGUUUGAGACCAGGCUGGCCAACAUGGUGAAACCCCGUCUCUACUACAAAUAUAAUAAAUAAUUAGCUGGGCGUGGUAGCAUGAGCCUGUGAUCCUAGCUACUUGGGAGGCUGAGGCAGGAGAACUGCUUGAACCUGGGAGGCGGAGGUUGCAGUGAGAUGGUACCGCUGCACUCCAGCCUGGGUAAUAGAGUGAGACUCCAUCUCAAAAAAUUAAUACAAAGUUAUGCUACUCCUAAACCACUUCAUAUAUGUUUUGUGGUUUUCAAAAUUAUGUAAUUAGCCCUGAAACACAUUGGUUGAAAAUAUUUUGAGACUUUAUAAGUUAGUAUUUAUUAAAUAUUAUUUUAAUAAGUUUUGUUAAAUCCUAUUUUAAAUUACAAAGCUGUGUACAGAGUAGGGGUGAGUGAAGGUGGAGUACUGUUGAGGUGUGAUUAAAAUGUAUCCAUAAAUUUAAAGUCCAUUCCAUAAUUGGAAUACUGAAUGUCCUGUGUGUGCUGAACAUUUUCUAAGUGAUUAGAAUUGCAUUUCACUGAAAGCAUUUCUUUGUGGUAUGUAAGAUAGUUAGAAGUUUACUACUUAACUCUGUGGGGCAUUGUUUAGGUACUAUGAAGGGUUGAGGUAAAUAUGUGUCUUGUAAAAAUUUGUGUGAUCAGAAUAUUUUGGUAAUUAUGAAACGUUUUGAUGAUGCACAUAUAACUGCUAGUAAUUACUCUAAAGAAAUGUUAAUUUUACCAGUUGAAAAAAAAACAGUGCUUCUUUUUAAAAGUUCAUGUUUCUAACCUUUUACAAUUCAGCUAACAGGAAAGGAGUAACUUUUAAAUCAAGCUUUAAAACAUGGAAAUUUAAGCCAGUAUGUUAGAUAAUUUAUAUCCCACCCUACCGUGAUAACAAAAAGAAAUCUAUAAAAAGUAAAAAUAAAAGCCCAUCUAUAAAAAAUCAGUUGAGUUCCUAAAGCAGGCUACUAUAGCAGGGGUGUGUGUUUGUUUGGAGACAGUCUUCACUCGUUACCCAGGCUGGAGUGCAGUGGGAUGAUCUCAGCUCACUGCAGCCUCUGCCUCUUCGGCCUUCUGAGUUGCUGGGACUACAGCUGUAUGCCACCACACCUGGCUAAUUUUUGUAUAUUUUUGUAGAGACAAGGGUUUGCCAUGUUACCCAGGCUGGUCUCGAACUUGUAGAGCUCAAGUGAUCCACCUGUCUUAGCCACCCAAAGUGCUUUGAUUUCAGGUGUGAUUGUAGGCCUGAGCCACAAUACCCGGCCUACUAUAGCAGUUUUUUAAAAAGAAAGCAUUAUGUUAAAACUGAUUAUACCAGAUGGACAUUAAAUAUCCAUCUCAGAAAUACCAAAAUUUGAUAUUCAAGCCUGGCCUGAAUAUCCAUAUGAAAAUAUGGGACACUGACUUUAUUCAUUUAGCUCCAGUGAUAGCAUUUCUGUGAUUUCUUCACAUCUACUGUGUCUUUGUCCACAAAUGAAAUAUUUUGUAACUGCGGUGUUAAUUUUGUGAAAGGAUAUAGAUGAACACACUUGCUCAUUAUUUGAAAUAAAUAUGCAGAUUUAAAAUGAGUGGCACAUAUAUGUAAAUUGGUUAUUGAAUGAGUAUUCUCUUUUUACUUUUAAGAGUCAUAUUUAUUUUAUUAAAAGGAGCUUUGGUAGCUAUUGGUUUAUAGUAUCUUCUUUAAUAAUCCUUACAAUUACAUAUGCUAACAGGAUGUUAAAAUUAUUAUAGUAUUUCCUAUUUGUGUUUAGAUUUUUAUAAAGCAUGAGACGAGUAAUCAGGAGAGGGUUGCAUCUCCACGUUUGCCUCAUGAAUAGAAUCCAUUUGACAAGCCAUUUCAUUUCCUUUCUUGAGAAAGGAAUUUUUUUUUUUUUUUUUUUUUUUUGCUGCAAAAAUUUAAGGUUAUGUUGUGGGAGGGAGGGAGUGGUGCUACUUCAUCUGUAACAUAUUUUAAAACUAUGAUUAUGGUUUUUAGGUUGUUUUUUGUUUUGUUUCAGUUUCUUUUUAGUCUGUUUUUAAUAUCCUUCCCCUUAACUCUUACGGAAAGUCCUCCUUUUUCCUACAGGGCUGUGAAUUAAGGAAUGGGUAGCGUUUACAUUUAAGUAUGCCAGUGUCUACCCGAUUUCCUAAUGUAUACAUUUGUUUUCUUUUUAAUUAUUCUUUGUUCUUAAAAAUACUAGCAGAAAACAUAGAUGUUUCUAGUGCCUUUGAACUUAUACUGUAGUCUGACUAAUGAAUAACUUCAGUAGCAUUACUAUAAUACUGUAUACUGGCCAAAAUUACUAAUUUUACAGUUUGUUGCAUCAAUUACAAAAGCCACGCUUUCAUUGUAUUUUAUGUAUAAAUUGUAUUUGUUCAAAUUGUAUAUAUUGAUAUUGUAUGUAUACAUGCAGCAUGGUUAAAUAAGAAUAAAAAUCUUUUACCUAA